AUGGAAGAUAAGGAAAUAAAUAAUGAGAAUAACAAAAAAAGGGAAACAAAUAAAGAAGAGAAUGUAAAAAAAGAGGAUGAUAUUUCAAAGAAAACUUUAGAAAAUUCAGAAGAGAAUGAUAUAUCGCUUGUAAACAGUGUGUCGUUAGGAAAGCAUUUGUUGAUAGGAAACUCCUUGAAGAAGGGCAUAAGUGUGAGUGUUCGAGGAAGAGCGGCCAACAUAGGACUUAACGCAAAGCAGUCAGGACCCGCAUGGAAAAAGAAAGAUGAAAAGAACAAUGACGAACAAGGAGAAGAGAAAGAGAAAAAAAUUGAUGAUGAAUCGUUUCCUGAUUUAUUAGAAUCUACUGAGAAAAUAAAAUCAGAAUUAACCAAAGAUAAGGAUAAGAAAAAAAAGCAGGGGAAAGAUUUAAAGAAAGGUGAAGACAAUUUUAUGAACAAUAGUAUUAAUAAUAAUAAUAGUAAUCAUCAUUUGCAUCUUAAUAAUAAUAUUGGAGGUAUAGAACGAAUGAAAGGUAACGGGUUAAAUGAUAAAAAGAAAUUUGGAAUGAAUUUGUUUGAUGGACUAAAAAGAAAUGAUAACAACUCGAAGAAGUGGUAUGAACGAUCAAAUGAGUUCAGUGGAAUAAAUAAUAAUUUAAUGAAUGAUAAUAAUAAUAAUAAUAUAAUGAAUAAUAAUAGUAAUAGUAAUAAUAGUAAUAACAAUGACAAUAAUAUUAAUGACAAUGAAAUAAUGAAUGGUUUUCUACUUCCUGGGUUUAAAGGAAAACAUAUGAUAGGUUUUAGAUGUUUUUUAAAAAGAGGAAUGCAAAACCCACCACCUCAACCACCCACUGGCAUUUACGAGGAAAAUUCCUUUUUUGAAAAUAUUGAAAGUAAAGGAUCUAUGCAGAAGAAGUUUAUGAAGAUGGGUCAAAAAAUGGGUCAAAAAAUGGGUCAACAAAUGAGUCAACAAAUGGGUCAACAAAUGGGUCAACAAAUGGGUCAACAGAUGGGUCAAAAUAUGAACAUGCAGGUAAAUCUACACCAGCAGAGGAACACCAUGAUGAACAAUAUGAACAAUAUGCAACAAGAUGGAGUAUACGAGCGAAACGAUCAAGGAAAUAAUAGGUACUCACCGAUGGGGGGUCAGCACUAUAUGAAUCAAGGUAAAAUUAAUGAUAUGAACAGUAGUAAUAACAACAACAGUAAUACAAAUAUCAACAACAGUGUUAAUAACAGUAACAAUAACAAUAGCAAUAACAAUGUCGUGUUCAAGGCGAACAAUUAUAACAGGAACGCGAAAAAUUUUGCGCACAACAAUAACAAUAAUAGUAGCAAUAACAAUAGUAGUAGCAAUAACAAUAGUAGUAGCAAUAACAACAGUAGUAGCAAUAACAACAGUAGUAGCAAUAACAACAGUAAUAAUAAUAAUAGUAAUAAUAAUAAUAAUAAUAGUAAUAAUAAUAGUAAUAAUAAUAAUUAUAAUACAGAAGACAUGGGAAAUGUAAAGAUGAUGAAUAACCUGCCUGGAAUACAAGGAAAUAAUAUGAAUUACAUAAGAAGAAAUGAUAAAAAGGAAGAAAGAAAUUUUAAAAAAAAAGAUAUCGACACAGAGAGUAACUGGAGGAAUACAAACACAAAUAAUAGGAAUAAUAUGAUCGAUGAAAAGAGCAGCAAUAUGAGUGGUAUGAACAGUGUUAGUAACAUUAAUCACUUGAAUGGUAUGAAUAACAUGAAUAAUAAUAAUAGUACUAAUAGUAAUAAUAAUAAUAAUAAUAAUAGUAAUAAUAAUAAUAGUAAUAUUAACAAUAAUAAUAAUAGCCUGAACAAUAAGAUCGUGAGAAUGUAUAAUAAUAGCGCGAACCAUAAUAACAUGAACAAUAUGAAAAAUAAUUAUGGAAAUAAUAAUAACAAAAUGAUGAAUAUGAAUUUUCAGGUAGCGCCCCAUAUAUCGGGAAAUAAUAAAAACGUCUUUAAUAAAAAUAAUGAUGAUCUUAAAAUUAACAAUAUAUACAAAAACAGCAAUAAUAUGAACAAUAGGAAUGAGGAAAAAAACAAUAAAGUAUUUAAAACUAAUUUAGUAAACUCAAAUACAAAUGGAGGAAUAGCACAUGAACCAUUUAAUAAAUCUUCUAACUAUGGCAAUAGUAGUAAUUUUAACAUGAACAGCAAGGGUAUUAACUCUCUAGACACAAGGAAGGCACGAAUGAGGGAAAUGAGAAAUAUGAACGAGCAGAGUAAGUGA